AUGGCGUGCCCGGAUCACAACCGCGGCCUACAGAACAAACUCCCCGCGGAAACGGCCUGGCUGGCAGCACCGCCCUUUCUGCGUAACUUUUUAGGCGAAACCACGCCUGUGUUGUUGACUAGAUUGUGGCAGACGAGGAAGUCAAAUAACGUGGGGAGGAAGGAGGAGAAAGAAGUAGAAGCAGACAAAGUAAUUCAUCAAGAGAAAAGUGAACCCAGCCUGAUCUGUCCCCCGCUGCGCAGCAGAAACUAUCUUCCUCCGGAGGAUAUACAGAGCUGCCUUGAGUCUCACGUCAAGGAGAUUUUUGGACCAUCACUUCCUGAUAAUUGGCAGCAGACACCCCUCAAAGAAAACAGGUUAAAGUAUCGCCUUCUGGCUCAGCUGGCAGCCGAACUUGGUCAUGCUGUACCCAAUUCACAGCUCCACCUGAUGUGCAGUGCGGAGGAUGUCUUGAAUUUCUAUAGCACUCCUGUGAAGGAUGUGUCCAAGUUGGAUGAACUGUGCGCCGCAGAGCUACCCCCAAACCUGAAGAUCAUUUGGCAGCAGUGAGUCGCACCAUGAGGCAUGGAUUUGCUUUGUUUGUGUUCCUAAGGCAGGACUGCAGCACAGAAGCAGAGCCCUUUCGUUGUGGUGGCGGCAAAUGAAUAUAUAAAUAUCACUAAUAAAAGUUCAUUUAGUUGUCCUCA